UUCCAAUCCCCUCCAUAUCAUGUGAUUCAGGUGUUCCAAUCCCCUCCCAAUCAUGUGAUUCAGGUGUUCCAAUCCCCUCCAUGGACACAGGUGUAUACAAUCAAGCCCCUAGGCAUGCAGACUGCUUCUACAAACAUUGGUGAAAGAAUGGGUCGCUCUCAGGAGCUCAGUGACUCCAAGCGUGGUCCCGUGAUAGGUGGCCACCUGGGCAAUAAGUCCAUCCGUGACAUUUCCUGGCUACUAAAUAUUCCACGCUCAACUGUUAGUGGGAUUAUAACAAAGUGGAAGCCACUGGGAACAACAGCCACUCAGCCA